AUUUUUCGAAUGCAGCGUCAGUUACCAGUUAGCUUUUACUCCUUCAGUUCAGUUCUAUCUUCUCUGUAUAAACUCCACUCAAAAUAAUGUCUGCCAAAUUUGUUAUCUGCUUAGCCAUCUGUGCCUUAAGCUCGGUAGUGUCGGCUGGAGUCAUCCCAGUCGCUGCUCCGCUAGCUGCGGCAGGCGUUGUAGCACCGUACGCAACCUCCUACAAUGCCCACACCAUCAAUCACGCAAUCGCUGCUCCGUACGUUGCUGCUGCUCCGCUGGUAGCUCCGGCGGCUAAGCUGGUAGCUGCUCCAGCGGCAGUCGCACAUGCUCCGCUUGCGUAUAGCGGUCUGCAUGCUUUUGGUGCCUACUCGGCGUACACCGGAUUUCCCCCCAGCUAUGUGAUCUAGACGUUCCUAAUUUUAACCUAGUAUCCCGUCAAGCAAUCCGGACUUGGUUGAUGUUCUGCCGACCGGAAAUCAUGGCUGCUGCGGUCACUACGAUCGGGAAAAAUUUGGCGGACAUCCUCUGUUGUAAAUAGCUUUUCAUUGUUAAUUUCUAAGCAACUGCAAUACAUUGUUGAAAAUCAAAA